CUAGCGCGCCACUGUGCAUGCGCCACUUCACUCGCAUCGAGGACCGCGGUCAGGACUCUAUGUUCAACAUCUUCCCAGUGCGGCCUGCGGUUGGUAGUGUGCUGUGCGGUCGUUGAUAUUGCUCUCUAAGCUCUCACACAACUCUUGAACAAAUUCACAAAACUCACCACCAAGCAGCGUCUAUAAGGACGCGUCAGUCCACCGUGCGUCCACAGCAUCCACCAACGCACCUUCAGUGAUCUUUUCGAAGUGACAGAUUUUUUUGUUUUUCGAAAAAAAAAAAUUUGAAAUUUGUACCAUCUGUGAGUUGAUUCAGUUUGUGAUGAUGGGUACAGAAUUCAAGGAUGUAUACGGCAGCGUGAACAUGGAAGAUUCAGGAAAUAGUUGUGGCAGCAGUGUGGUCUCAGACUUCAGCGGUCCUUCGGACCACCAGGACUUCUUUACCGACAGUGUCCAGAUUUCGGACCUGGAGAACGACUCUCAAGGACUAUCACAGUGCGGAUCCUUGGACGACAUCGACGAGGAAUCCCGUCUAUCCAUUGGCACUGAAGACCUUAGCCUAGACGAGCUCCAACUAGACGACUACUCCAGAUCAGCUUCGACCGUCCAGACAUCGAGCAUCGCCAAGCAGUCAACACAAUCCAGCUCAGCCAGCACCAAAAACAUCGACAGCCAGCAACGGCUAGCAGUUCUCAGUUUCGAACAAGUAUGUCGCCUCAACGACGUAAUGGACGAACUCAUCUACAUCCACGGCAGAGGCAACUUCCCCACCCUGGAGAUCAGGCUCAGAGACCUGGUGAACGUAGUCAGAGGAAAGCUAGAAGCCGACCCUUCCUGUGGAGGGGCUGGCAUGAAAGUGCGCGAUAUACGCCUAAACGGAGGUGCAGCCUCCCACGUUCUUGCCACUGAAUCUCAACCCUACAACGACCUCGACUUGAUCUUCGCCGUGGAGCUCUCCACUCAGAAACACUUCGACAGAGUUAAAUCCGCUGUCUUGGGAUCCUUAUACGAGAUGCUACCAGAUGGAGUCAGUAGAAAGAGGAUAUCCACGUGUAGCUUGAAGGAAGCAUAUGUCAGCAAGAUGGUCAAAGUCAACAACAACAACAACGAUGGCGACAGAUGGUCCUUGAUUACUCUUGGCAACGCCAGAGGACGAGGAGUCGAACUUAAAUUCGUUGACAGUAUGAGACGACAGUUUGAAUUCUCCGUGGAUUCCUUCCAGAUCAUCUUGGAUUCCUUACUGUUGUUCUACGAGUGCAGCGAGUUACCCAUUGGAGAGAAUUUCUACCCUACAGUUGUAGGUGAGUCCGUCUACGGAGACUUCCAAGAAGCUUUGUACCACCUCCAGAAAAAACUGAUAGCCACAAGACAACCUGAAGAGAUAAGAGGUGGUGGUCUGUUGAAAUACUGCAACCUAUUGGUCCGUAACUACAAACCGGCCAGACCAGACGUUAUCAAGAGGGUGCAGAGAUACAUGUGCUCCAGAUUCUUCAUCGAUUUCCCCGACAUAAAUCAGCAGAAAUCCAAGCUUGAGAAUUACCUAUGGAAUCACUUCGUCGAGCCAGAAGAAGAAGCCUUGAAACACCAGUACCUGAUGAGACUUCACGAUGUUGUCGGUGAGUCUACGGUCUGCUUGAUGGGUCAUGAGAGACGCCAAACGCUCAGUCUGAUCAAGAGCUUGGCCAUGCAGAUUCUGUUCCAGGAUCAGCAGCGUCUGAUAAGCCAGCAGCCUCCGCCUCUCGUGUAUGCCAAUGGCAUUGUCUACGCGCCCAUCAUCUCUACCAGCUGCUUCUGCACGUGCAGCAACCCUUGGAUGCAGAGCUGUUCCUCGUCGUGAUGGGUAUUAGUCUGUGCGAGUAAUAGGACACCUGUCGAAGUGGAUCGCUGUUGUAGUAGAUUCACGUUAGAUGACCUGGUGUUAUCCGAAAACCACUCAAUAUAAUUGUAGAUCUUGUACCUCGUGCAGACGUCUGUGAGAUAGAUCUCCAUUUAAGAUUACAAUAUAUCGCUAUUUUAACCAAUCUUAAAUUAAUGAUCAGGCUUCUGGCGUCCUUGUUAAUUUGUCGAGUGCAUUCCGUUAUUCUCGAUCAGUUAAGAAAAAUCUGAAGAAACCACAACGUGAGGCUGAAAAAUCUUGAACUGUGACGCAUCUUAGGUGUCUGGCUGUGAAAAAUUAAUAUUGGGUUAUGUACAUUGACAUGAGAUUUGCGUUCCGAGCAUUGUUACCCCCUCCCUAUAUGCAGCCUGAAGUAGAUCGCGUAAUAAUUAACAACAAAGUACAAAAACAAUGGUCGUAAGUUCAUUUUCAAAUAUCAUGUGUAAUUAUAUAAACUAUAUAUAGAUAUAUUUGUAUAUAUACCCACUGAGAAAAAAAUAACUAAAAAUAAAAUUGUUGAAAUAACAAAAUUUUACAAGAAACAAAAAAAAAUCAAAAAGAAAAACUAAGAAUUACCUUUUUUUAUUUGUGGAAGUUCAUUGAAAUAUGUUUUGAGUUGCACUUCGUCUAGCUCCAUAUUUAGAUGUUUUAAGAGCAAGACUUAGUCGUAUUUUAUUGGUAGUAUUUUUAGUAAACGCAGAACUAUUAGGGACUUCAGGCUGCAUCGAUCACUUAAAAAAAGGAAAUCAACAAAUGCAUCGACGCAAUUGAGUAUUAAUUUUCCUUUUGUUGAAUUCAACAGAUGUGUAUAUGUAGUUUCUGUCAUUACAAUAAGCAAGUGUAGGUCUAUUUUUGAGCAUUUUCAUUUAUACAUUUUGAUAUUGUUACACUGAGCUCGAAAUCAUACGAAACCUUCAUACAAUUUGGUUUAUUUUCUCGCCUAUAUUACUUUAUUAUUUCAACCCUUAUGUAAUUUUCCCUUCUGUCCAGGUUGAGUAUUUUCAAUUCGAUAUGGUUUCAGAAUAUUUCUUCGUUGAACUUUCCUUAUUUUCCUAUAUCGUUAGAAUCUAGGUAGGAAAGGUUUCUAAGUCAAAAUGUAUUUUCAAAGAAUUAAGCAAAUCUUCUAGAAUACUAGAAAAGCUCUUGUAUAUAAAAUGUAGUACUGAUUUGCACCAAAUCGAUGUCUGAUAUAUAGCUUGGUUUUUUUAGGUUGAGACCUUAGAGACCCUUCAAACCGAGUAUUGUAAUGUUAGGUAGAUGAUCAACAUAAUAAUAAAUUUAUAUAGGUGUAGCAUUCAACAGAAUACACAGAUUAUCUAAUAAUUAUAGAAUCUUAAAUUUGAAGCUCAGUUUAACGUCAAAAAGUCCAUCGUAAAAAAGAAGAACGUUCCAAGAAAGUUUUAACAAGCAAUAAGUACAAACUUGAAGAAAUAAGAAUCAUACAAAAAUUGUAGGUAAUCAUAUUUCAUAAGUUGCUUCUAAAAUUUAUCUGAAAACGUUCUGAACAGAAAAACUCGUUGAAUAUAAAAAAUUAUAACAGAAAAUAUUUUAGUGCCAUAAGAUGUAUUAUUGUUGAACAUCAAAUCAAAAAUAACUCAUGUUUAUAAAGUGAAUGAUUCCAUAUAACUUAAUUUGUCUCGAACAAGUCUGAAGAUAUACGAUUUGACGAGUUUUUAACAACUUAUAUAGUUGAGAAAAGGAGAGACUGGCUGUAUAUUUAUAUGACCUCAAAUGUUUGCCUAUUAGUACUUAUAUUGUCGCUGAUACAUUGACUGAAAUGCAUUACACAUAAGAGAGUCGAUUUGAACCAUAAUUUCGAUUUAAAUCGAUUAAAAAACCUCUUGAAAAGGUUCCUGUGUUAAAGGAAAAAAAAAAUUAAAAAUCAUCGAAAUUUAAGACAGUAGAUAAUGUCAUUUGAAAAAACGAAAUAUUGGUUCUGUCACCAACUCUAUUAUUCAAGAAUUAUGGCUCUCAGUGUAGUUUAUGAAGUGUAGAAUGACGCUGGGUCCCUUCGAUUGGAUUCUGCUGAUUUAAAUUAUCUCAUAAAUAAAAAUAAGAUUAAGAAGUAAACAAUAAAACAUAACUUAAUAAAAUGUCUAUUUUCAUUGAAGAUAUAUGUAUGUUAUUACUGAUUGGACCUUAUCUGUAUAUUUUUAUUGUUCCAGGUCCAGUCAUAAGAUAAAUAAAUGUUUAAAAAUACAAUAAAAAUUAUAAAAUGUUUAAAAACAUACAUUAAACUA